AUGGCGGCCUCCAUAGAGCGCCUAGUGCAUAGAGUAGGAAAGGGGCAGCGACCUGCGGCUUUGGCUGUUUUUUCUAUGGUGCUGCUCCGCUGCUUUCUGGGAGUUCAGGGUCACGCCGUAGCUUGGAAUUCAUUGAACGAUGACCUGUUACUGCCGUAUCCUCCACCUCGACAUGGUCCUCGGCAUCACCAUCGGUACGUUCGGGACUGUCAAGCUCUCCGACAUGGCAACACAACACACGAGUCCUGGCCUAGCAACAACAGCACUGUCUCUCCACUGACUGUCACAAGCACCUUCAUUUCUGACAUCCCUCCGAAGGGUCAGAAUAGUCGACAUGUCUACGGUCAUCUCACUACAGUGAGGGACCCCCUGAGGACGUUCUCUGUGCUGGAGCCUGGUGGGCCAGGGGGCUGCCGUAAGCGCAGCCGAGCAACGGUGGAAGAGACUGCCAGGCACGGCAAGUGCCUUGUGGCCCAGAAUGGGGGGUACUUCAACACGAAAACCGGAGAGUGCCUUGGGAAUGUUGUGAGCAACGGGCAUCUCAUCCAGUCCUCCGGAGGGAUUCAGAAUGCUCAUUUUGGCAUCCGGAAGGAUGGCACUCUCGUCUUUGGCUACCUCUCUGAGGAGGACGUGUUGGCUAAAGACAACCCCUUUGUGCAGCUUGUGAGUGGGGUGGGUUGGCUCUUGCGAGAUGGGGAGGUCUAUGUGAAUCAGAGUCGGGCGGUAGAAUGUGACGAGACGCAGGAAACAGGUACGUUUGACAAGUUCAUCAAUACUGUGUCUGCCAGGACAGCUGUGGGGCACGACAGGCAAGGACAGCUGGUUUUGGCACACUUUGAUGGGCAGACACAUACAAGGGGCCUCAGCCUUUGGGAUAUGGCUGAUUUCCUGAAGCAGCAAGGCGUCAUCAAUGCCAUCAACUUGGACGGCGGAGGGUCUGCAACCCUGGUCUUAAAUGGAACGCUUGCCAGUUACCCCUCAGAUCACUGCGAACUUUACCCCAUGUGGCGCUGCCCUCGGCAGGUUUCGACUAUCCUGUGUGUCCACGAACCUGCCUGCCAGCCUCUGGACUGCAGUGGGCAUGGGCACUGUGUCCUUGGGGAAUGCCAGUGCGACGGAGCUCUCUGGAGAGGACCAGCAUGCGAUGUCUUGGACUGCGGCCCUUCCAACUGCACCCUGCACGGAAUCUGUACAGAAGAGGGAUGUCUUUGUGAUGCUGGCUGGCAGAGCCCCAACUGCAGUGAAGCCUGUGCUCCUGGUUCCUAUGGCGACGGCUGCCUUCAGAAAUGCCUCUGCCUCAAUGGUGGUGCCUGUGACCCGGUCCAUGGAACUUGCAAUUGCUCAGCUGGCUACCAAGGCACGCAUUGCGAAGAAGCCUGUCCCAGCGGACGGUACGGGCCAAACUGCCAGGAUGCCUGUCCCUGCCCAAACCAGCGUCCUUGUGAUCGGAAGACGGGCAGUUGCAACGUUUCUGCUGAAUGCCCCCUGCCUGAUGACAUAGACAGAGGCCAGUGCUUGCUGAAGGCCGAUGAGAAAGGUGUGCUCCUUGGGUUUACAAUGAAGGGAUGGUUUAUAGGAGUCUUAUCUGUGCUGCUUCUGGUUAGUGCCGCGUUCAACAUAAAGCACUUUUGCUGCAGCAGCUCCACAGGCCGACAGAACUGUAACGAUUACUUCUCCAGGCGUCCCAACAGUUCCCACUAUGAACUGUUAGGGAAAUCAAACAGUUUCCCACUUGCAGGAGGAGAGAAUGAAGACUACACAGAAGACGCAGAGACCUAACACAGACGGCUGCUAUCCUUUGAUGUGAGAACCAGCAGGAGGAACCCCCAUCCAUCACUCUUUGUGUGAUGGCACACUGUAACAGAACCUUCCAGAAGGAACAAGUGGCUUCCACAUAGAACUUGAUUACUGCUCCUCUCAUUGGCCUCACUUCACAAAUAAUGUUAAACCCUAGUUACAAAUUAACUGGCUUGAUGCAAAUGAGCAGUGUGCUGGUUCACAGCGCUCAUUACUUUUUCUUGUAUUGCUCCAGUCUGUGCCGUGCUGGGGGGAGACGUACCAGAGCCUGGCUCAGAGUCACAUGUUGAGAAAGUGCUAAAAGAAUUAAUAAUGAAAGGGACUUCACUGUGAGGAAUUUUACUUCCAGCUCUGGUUAUCAGAGUGCUUGACUCUUAACGCCUUAAGUAUGAUGGCCUAAGUUAGGCCUAUAGCAUACGAUCUAAUGACAAGUUUUUUAAGUAAUAUAUUUUGUAAGAUGUAGCUGCGGGUGGGAUUGCCUUCCGAUAAUUUAUUUUAAAGCAGAAAUUAAGCCUGUCUCGGCCUGAAUACACAAACCGCUUUUUCUUUCUGUUGCACUUUGCCUCUUCCUUCAUAACGCCAGGGGUCUUUUUGGCAGCCCAUUUGAAAUGUUGUGCCACAUUUUAAAUUGUGUGUUUUGUUAGCUUCAAAAUUUGAAGAACAAUUGCAGCAACCAUCCAUGUUUGGUACAGGGAUAUACUUUUUAUACAAUCAGGACUAUAUACUUUUUACACAAUAAAGUGAC